AUGGGCGACGGCGCGCGCGCGGGGUUCCGUGACGCUGGUCGAGCGCGGCUCGACGCGUUUCGCGCCGCGCGCGCGUCGCGCGUGGGUGCGACGAGAACCGAAGCGGCGCGGGAUGGUUCCCACGCGUCUUCGACGCCGCUCGAGGCGUCGCCGGCGGUCACGGAGACGCCGAACGUGAGAGAUUCUCAACCAACCGCCGCGCGGGACGCCGCGGAGACGUCGGCGCGCGACGAAGAACUCCGAGAACUUCGCGCCGAGGUCGAGCGCGCGCGUUCGAUCGUCGAGGAUGCACGGCAGGACGCGGCGCGGGCGAGCGCGGAGGCGGUGGUGUCGAGACGGAGCGUGCAGGAGGCGCGCGCGGAGAGGGACGAGGCUCGAAGAGCGCUGGAAGCGCUUCGAUCCGAGACAGAGCGCGCGCGAUCAGGGGCCGACGCGACGCGGUCGGCGCUCGAGAUUGAGAAACGUAUCAUAGAUGUGGAGGGCGCGAGAGUGCGAGCAGAGGCGGAGCGAGACGAGGCGAUCGAACGCGCGGAGGCGCUACGAACCGAGCGCGACGAGCUCGAGCGACGAUUAGAAGUCGCGUCGACGCGCGCGGAGGAGGCGACGAUGGAACUGAAACAUCGCGCCAAUGAGGUGAUAACAUUUGAUCGCGACACGUCGGCGUACGCGAGCGAGAACGCGAGAUUGCGGAGUUUAGAGAUGGAGCUCGCAGAGGCGCGAGAGGAUCGCAUUCGAGCUGAGGAGGACGCGACGCAGCUUCGCAGGGAUUUGGACGAGGUCCGGCGCGAAGCGGAUUCGUUAGCUAGACGCUCGAACAACAGUUCUAGCGAAGCUGUGGGUGGACCAUUCAACGCCGUAGAAGAGUCGACGUCGGACCAAGAGGAGAAGUACGCACUGCUCGCCGAACUACAAAACGAGCGACGUAGACGAGAAGUCGCCGAAGCCGAACUGAAGGAGUUACAGCUCGCGUCUGAGACUCAGGCGGAGCGCGCGGAGAGCGCAUCGAGAGUUGCCGCCGUUGCUGAGGGUGAGGCGGAUAAUUAUCGCGCGCGUGCAGCUGAGAGGGAGAAGGCGACACGAGAGGCGGAGCGUGCGGCGAACGAGUUGGAGCGCCGCGCCGCGGCCGCGGAGAGCGUCGUCGAAGCCGUGAAGAGCGCCAUCGGAGACGCGUCGAGCGAAAGUGACGCCGAACUUCCAGCUCGGAUUCUCGAGCACGUCGAGCGCGCGAUCGAACGCGCGACGAGAAAGGCAAACGUUGCACUCGCGGAGGCGCUCGAGGAAUCACAGCUCCUCAGCACGAAGACGAGAGAGAUGGGGGAAUCGCGCGGCGCACAAGUCGCCGACGUGGGUGAUCGCGUGGCUAAGCUCAUAGAGAUUCGUGAUAAGCUCGUGGAGGAGAUGAACGCGCAAUCGGUCGAGCUCGAGCGCCUGGACGCGGAAUUGGAACGUAGAGACGCGGCGGUCGAAGCCGAGCGCUCGCGCGUCGCCGAUCUCGAGUCCAAGCUCGCUUCAUCAAACUCGCAAAACGCACGAUUGAUCGAGAUCAUCGAGGAACAGGGAAAAUGGGAGACCGCGAACGCGCCCAAGUCGAUCACCGCCUCGGCGCCGACGACGCCGGCGAAAUCGACGCGUCCGCCGCCGCGCGCCGCCGGAGGCCGUCGCGUCGCCGCCGACGUCCUCACGAACGUCAAAGGCGCGCGCUCCGGAUCAGCCCUCCUCGCGCACAUCGAAUCCAGACUCCUCGAGAUCCAGAGCGCGUCCUAG